AGUCACACCGCGACGACGCGAUGGUAACACCUUGCGCCGAGAAGUCGAUUCAAAUACGAUCGUCAUUUUUUUGAUUUGUUUUAGUUCAUUUAUUUUUUUGUUACUCAUAGUGCAGUGCCUUCACUUCUUAAAUCAUUUCGUUAAUUUGAAUCAUCCUUUGUAUUCGUUCGCCAUAUUCUGAAAUUAAAUAAUCUUUAAACUUGUGUGUUGAAUUUUCUGCAACAUGGUCAACUACGUAUUGUCUUUUUGCAAAAUUACUGGAGCCAGUAAGAUUUUCAAAAGAAACUUUUAUCUACCUCUGCUCAAGCCUGCUACCCCUAAAGAUGCUUUACGUACUUUGAGGAUAACCGGCAAAUGGCUCCUUGGAGCUAAAGUGCAACACUACAUCCCAGUGCUGUUGCAUCAUUCUGAGAAAAGGUCAGACAGUUCAGACGAUUUUGGCAAACAACCCCAUUGUAAAUCAGGUGACUACACUUACAUGACUCCUAAUUUAGAUCCUGAAAAUGAUAGCCACAAAAUUAUUCUGAAAAUUCUCGAGAGUAAAAAAAGAAGAGGGUCAUUUGCUUAUACAGUCGAGGACAAAAAAUACAACAUAGUUUUUGACUCUGAUUUCGAGGAUGCCAUUAGAAACGGCGAUAUCCUAGAUGUUCUAGUAUCACAAAAAAAUGAUAAAAUUAUAGUCAAACUGAAAGACAGAAAAAAGAUUCCGGUAGAAAUACAAUACUUUGAGGGUAACCAAGAUGACCUUUACUGUGGUGAAGGAGCUACAAGCCCAGAAGAAGAAAAAUUCCACCAUCACGGUAAGUACACGAUGAGUCUUGCUAAAAUAUUCGAGGAAAAAGAGAUGCGAGAGGAAAAGUGGGAAGAGGAACUGAAAAAAAUAAUGAAGCGUAGGAAGAAACAAAAAUGGGAAAACUCCAAAGCGUACAAGGAAAUGAUGAAACGCAACAUGAAAAACUUGAACUGGAACAAAUUCGAGGAAGAAGCUAAGAAACUCAUCGAUGACCUUGAGGAGCCAGGUACUGAAAAACCGAUAGAGAUGGAAGUAGACGAUUUAGACGCGACGAAGAAUGUCAACGAAACUAUAUUAAGACGUGGCCCAGAAUUGCUCAACCAGCUUCCUACUCUCACAGAGAUUCCAGAUCUAAUUAAGAACAUGGGCAGUGCCAGCUUACAUGAAAUAGAAGACAUUCCUGAUGAACAAAAUGAAUCGACAAGGAAAGUCUCUGGCAUCAAAGUCACCCUACCAUCAGGAAAAGAAUGCUUCGUAAGCGGACAAAUGGUCUUAACCGAAGAAGGUGAAGUUUUCGUUCCAGGGCAAACUGUACAGGGCGAAUACGGCGAUGAAUACGUACCUGGUAUCACAACCAACGUGGGCAAUCAACCUACUUUAGUAGGGGGGUUGAUUAUGGGAGAAGAGCAAAGAGAUCCUAUGUUCCUACCGUCUCAGUCUGCUAUAACUUCUGAUGGUCAACUUACUUUCGCUACGGUACCAGAGGAACGUCCAGUACCGUUGCCAGAAAGCGAAAGAAAACUGGAGAGAAAGAAAAAGAUCAAGGAAGAAAUUCCACUAGAAAAUCUGUAUGACAAUUUCCAGGUAAUUCUCAUUGACGAUGAUUUUUCUGAGGAUCUUUCAGAGUCAGAAGAGAAGUCUAUGGACGAGUCCAGUAUAGAACUGAAUAAUUCUGAGAUUGAAGAGCUAGAUAUGGAAGCUAUACGAUUGAAGCAAGAAGAGCAUAGAGCCCAAAUGGAGAAAUUGCAGCAACAUUUGUUCGAUGAUUUGACUGACAUUAUUUCUAAUCUAGAAGAUAAAAAAGCUGAGUUGAAUAGAAAGCUCGACGAAUUGAGGAAACAGCACAUGGUGAACCAAAAUAAUCUUGUAACUUAUGUUAAUGAGAAAGACGCUCUAGAAAUAGCCGAGAGAAUCUCUACGGAUAAGGACUCUAUAAAUAGGCUGGUAGACAUACUUUUGACAAUGACUAGGAGAUCAUCGACUUUCAGAGAUAAAAAUAACGUAAGGACCGACAACAUAGAUGCGAGUUAUUUGAACGAUAAUGCAAACGAUUUCGAACUGGCAUUGCACUCUUGUUCAAACAAACUAAAAGUUUUAUUCAAAACAGCACUGGUAGCUGCUAAUGACGUCUUCAAAAAUAGACCGAAAGAUCAGCUAUUGGCUUUACAUACCAUGGGAAAAAUUCUCACUGAACCGCUGAAGAAUGACAUAAAAUUAUUGUUAGAACUCACGAACCUCAUGAAGACUCAGAUGGAUAGAGAUGAAAUAUGCAAUACAGCGUUGAAAAUUCUCAGUAGAGUUGUUGAAGACACCAAAGUAGCUACUUUGAACUCAAUUCUGGAAAAUCCGAUGUCGGUACAGGACGUACUAGAAAGUAUAGAGAAAAUCCUUGGGAACGAUAAUGUGAUGCACAUUUCUUUUUCAAAACUUGCAAAAUUGAAUUCCGAAAUCGUGAAAUCUAUGAUAGAAAAUAUCGAAGACCAGAGAAGCGAGUUGACUUCCGAGGAAGCAGCUGUAAGAGUACUGCAAUCCUCGAUUGUACACGCUACCAAAAUACUGAUGAACAAGAACCUUGAAAAGUGGAAGAACAGCAACAGUUAUUCGGAGCUCAUCGAAGAAGCAGCCAGCUUUGCCAAAGCACUCAGCCUGGAAGACCUCAUAGAAGAUUUUUCGAAACCAAUAAACGAACAUGUCUUCGAAGAAUCCAUAGAAAUGAUCAGGAGAAUGACCAUCAUCAGGCAGCUAGCAGAAAGGGACUAUUCCUUGAAAACAGCGAUCACUAGGAUCAAGAAAAAUCCAGAAUGCGCCAAGUCUGACCCCAGGAUCCGGCAAUUGAUAAGAGAAAGUGCAGUUCUGAUUUCCAAUCCGGCACCUUUGCUGACCUCCAGGACCAUACCGUUGCAGCUCAUGAAGAAGCAGAACCUUCUGGCUAUCGAGGAUUUCUUGGUGAAGAGAACCACUGUGGAUUAUCCUGUAUUGAUUUCCAGAGGUAGCAUGCAAGCUGUUAUUCCUAUGGACGCUUCCAGAGGAGUACUAGCCGGUAGAGUACCUUACGUGCUCAUCGACGAGAGUGGUGUUACCAAUUUCAAGCCAAUGCAUAUGAAAGCGGCCAUUCAAGUGAACAAAACUCGCGAAAAAAUGAUUGAUGACUAUCUCGGUGUUGCUCGUGAAAAGUCAGCGGAAAAAGAGGAAUCCUCGGCUUAUUUGAAAGCCAAAAGCAAUCCCCCCACUUACCCCCCCAGCCACCCGAGAUCGAUGCUCUACAAGCCGGUCUACCUCAAACCGGGCGAGAAGCAGAUGCACCCCCCGGAAUCGCUCAUCCCCAUGGGGAGGCCCGCUCCUUCUCCCCCACCGAUGCCCCAGGCGCCCCCCACGCCACCGAUCGCUCCCCCCGUCGGAGGAUACGGAGACGAGGCUGCAGGAGGCGCUGAUGAUGGCGAUGAGGGGGCCACCAGGGACGUGCUCUCGGGCAGGGUACCCUACCUCCUGGUGGAGAACGAGGGCAUCACGGUCUUCAAGCCAGUGCACGUGUUCGCGGCACUGAAGCUGCGCAAAGAGACUGUCGUCAGGUUGGAGGAUUAUGGCUGCGUGGGAGCGCAUGAGCGGUUCCUGGAAAGGAAGCCGAAGAAGCGGGAGGGUUUGGGAUACCGGAGGAAGUAUCUGUCGCCAGAGCUGGUCGGGAGAGGAAUAUUCGUGGUUAUAGUGGGCAACGGUGGGGUAGGCAAAUCAAGCAUGAUCCAAAGAUAUUGCAAGGGUACCUUCACCAAGGACUACAAGAAAACAAUAGGAGUAGAUUUUUUAGAAAGACAAAUAGAAGUAGACGGAGAAGAGGUGCGGCUGAUGCUGUGGGACACAGCGGGCCAGGAAGAAUUCGAUGCCAUCACCAAAGCCUACUACAGAGGAGCUCAAGCCUGCGUAUUGGCUUUCUCCACCGAGGACCUCAACGUCGUCGCCGUCUUCAGGCACCUCGCCUCCAAGUGCCUCCAAGAGCUGAGGGACCCCCCUUUGCCCCCCCUUUGCACGAUUACGGACUACUUUGCCGCCGCCCCUGCCACCUUCGCCUCUGACUCUCUCACCAUUAGUACUUUUAGCCCUAGUCAUUCGUCCAAAAAUAAUGGAACAAUAGUACUACGUCCCCAUAAGCAAAAAAAGAAGAAAAACGUCCUCAAAAAUGCCUGUAGAAUACUCUGAAAAUAUCAUGAAUUGUAACCAAAAAUAUUUAUUGUGGUUAUAUUUUUUGCCAUGUAUGAUAUUGAUUUAUAUUGAUUUUUUUAAGUGAAUUUACUUCGAAUUUUUUCAAUUUGUAUUCUCUGAUAUGUAUAUUAGGCCAACUGGUUGAAGUGCUAAUAAUGUAUAUAUUACACUUCAUGAUCAAAAUUAUUGUAUCUUCAUAAUAUCUACAUCUAUUAACUAUGAUUCUCGAACACAAUUUUCAACAGAGUUUUCAACUCACAAUUAGAGGGUUGAAAUUGCAAUAGUUUUGAUAAUGAGGGUAUAUAGUUUGUAAGUAAAUUUCGUAUUACGAAAUUCCUUGUAUCAUAUUUUGAAAUACAGUGUGCUAUGUUAGUGAACUAACUUUGGAAAUGAGUGAAUAUGAAAGUUUGUACCUACCUAUACCAAUAAUUUAGUAAUAUAUAGAGUGUAUAAAAAAAACUAUGGUAUUUCCCUGAUUUCCCAAAAAGUAUUUUUAUUGGGGUAACAAUAAAAUCAACAAAAUAUAACAGCGUUCAC